UUCGCUGAGCGAUCGCGGACUUUCAAUUGCAAGCUCGUCUGCUUCUCGCGCACGCUCGUGUCCCCUCUCGACUCGCACGAUGUCAGCACCGUUAGCCGGGUCUGUACAGAGCGCGGCCUCUCACCCUCGAUCAAGGCUGCUGGGUAUGUUACAGCCGGUCGGUUGCCGGGGAUGUGA